AUGUCGGAGCAGUGCUCGGUGCAGAGCAGUCCUGGCAAGAAGCGGAAGCCACCUGCGCCCCCGAACCGAUCCAUUGGACUGGACUUGCUCCAGAAGGAUCCGAAGAGCACUGUCAAAAUCUUCCUCAGCCGGUAUCUAGCUCGAGAUCCUGUGUGGGCGGAGGAUUGCUGGUAUUCUUCCUGGUCUGAAGACAGCCAGUUCAUCGCCGAGCUGCACGUGCCACGUUUCAACGACAAGAUCUAUGUGGGAACGUGGAGCCUCACGCAGAAGACUGCUGGGCAGUCUGCAGCCAAGCAGUUCAUUGAUGAUUCCGAUGCACAAGAGAUAGCUCAGCGACUUCCGCUGACGAUGAGGAGCAUCAAGUAUUGGAAAAAGCACGCCCAUACGAUGAACGGCAAUACCGAUGAGAACCCCAACGCCCAGGUUAUGAGCGCCCAAACCGCUACCACGGGGACUUCGGCAAUCAAUGGGACCUAUGGGUCCAUGGGUACAGCUGGUCAGAUGAACUUGGACGAUGAAGUGCGUCUGCCGAGAUCGAGCGUCGAGGAGAUAGAGGGCCAGGAGCUACAGGCUGCUAGGAGGAUGCUGUUUCGGCUGGUACGCAUGGUACUGGGUUUUAUACAGCUGGAUCUGGGAAUCAAGGCAAGGAGGCUGCAGGAGAUGUCUAGUGAGGCACCUCUCUUGUUUCCGGACAAAGGGCCUGGUGUAGAGGCGAAUGCGGGUGCGGUGGAAGUUCCGUCUCCGCCCCCGUUGCCACACUCAGCAAGCUCGGAUUCUGGACAAGCUGAAGUUAUCCAAGCGGAGGUGAGACGGCAGAUGCAGGUAGCUUCUGUUUCGGAGGUGAACCCGGAAGGCUUGGGACUACAGUCUGGAAGAGGUCAGGUUGGCGAUGCCAUGUCACCGCAGCAGGCAGGAGGUCAGCCGCAGGCGCAAGAGUGGUACACUACGCAGUUCGUUCCCGCUGGCCCGUUGGCGAGGGUGAGGCUCAAGGCUCCGGUGUCAGAGGUGGACAGGGAACAGCGGUGGAAUCGAGUGCGCCACAGAAUGGAGCAUCUGAUACUGCAGAGCUGUCCAGAGACGGUUCGCUCGGAGUUGUCCGCUGCAAGGGUGAGUGGGGUGGUCAGCAUUAUGUGCAGGCUCUUCACGAUCUACAAGCCCGGGGGUGUUACUGAGCGGGCCGAGGCUUUGAGGCAGGUGCAGCACCCGCGCGCAGCGGAUUCGCCGAUAGAUGCAGUCUUGAAGCUUCGAACGUGGAAGCGCUGGAUGACACGCCUGGCAGAUCUCGGUGGAACCCCGCCGGACGCAGCGGUCAGUAUCCAGGCCCUUGAAGGGAUAACGAGCGGGGUCCUGAAGGCCCUUCCGAGCUUGGCCUUCAGGGUCAACCUUGUGAGGGCGUCACUACACUUGGACACGCAGCCCUCAACCACCAAGGUCAAUGAGUUCUUCGAGCACCUCCUUGCUGAGUUAGAAGGAGUGUCAAGGGUCACUGAUGCCCCGGCGGGAGGAACCAAUGCAGCCAAGGCAGAGGGCAACAAGGGUGUCCGGCAGGUUGAAGCACGCGGUUCGGGGCAAGGAGGUGACUCCCCGAAGAAGUUGUGCAAGUGGUUUCACGAAGGCCAAGGCCACCGAAAGGAUGCAUGUACCACCGUCUCCGGACAAGGUGUGCUGCGUGAGGCGUUGUCAGGCGGAACUGUGUCAGGGGCUACCCCAAUGGCGGCGGCAGCCAAGAUUCAGGCGCAGCUUGAUGAUCUGGAAGCAAGAGUGUUGGACGGCACCCCUCGCGCGUGUGCGGUUGAGAGGUUCAAUAAGGUACCAGGUGCAGAUGACCGAGAGGAGUCAACAGAGUCAACAGCUCUCCUGGACUCUGGCGCAACCCAUGCCGUACUUGACUUGAGUUCCGUUCAGCAUCAGAAGCUGGAGCCCUGCACGGUCUCCCUUGCGGGGGAUCAACGCCAGACAUGGCAUCAGACUCCAGGUGGGUCGCUUGUUGCUCCCAACACGGCAGAGGGACACGCCCCUCAGACCAUUCUACCGUUGGGGUGUUUGGUGGUUCGGUGGUCUAGGAAGGCAGGCCUCCAAGUCAUCCAUCCGCGGCUGGGGAAGAUGAAAACCAGCCUGAAGAGUGGAUGCCCGCAGGUAAGCAAGGACCAGGCUGUCAUGUUGAUCAAGGAACUGGAGAGUGCCAAGUUGAGCGAACUCACUGGUCGUUUGAAGAAGGUUCGUGCAUACAUUGAGGCCAAAAAGGGCUUGAAGUUCCAGGAGGUUCCGGCCCACCUGUUGUCGCAGCUUGCGUUCGACUUUCAGGAAUGCACUGGAUGGGAUUUCCUCAAGGACCGAGGUCAUGAGCUUGUUGUUGUGAACACCAGUCAGCGGGACCGCCUCACGACUGAGGUUGAGACAGGGAAGUUUGUGCAUUUGCGAAGCGUCACCGAUCCAUGGGGUCUGCCUUCGAACAGUGCUGGAGUUCAGUCAAAGGUGGAAGGUGACACGUUGUCAGCUUUGCAGCCCAUGUGGUUGUGGCUAAUGAGGGGAGCAAGGUAUGGAUGGGUGAGGAACAACGCAAGAGUCUAUGCCGGUCCAUUCCGUUUGGCCAGCGUCAUUUCGAAGGGAGGUGGGGAUGCAGCUAUUCGUGCAGCAAGGUCGCCAGCCUCAGGAGGAGUGCAUUCACAAGCCCAAGGCAAAGGUUCAGGUUCCGUUGAGGUUGCCAAUGGCUCAGAGUCAUGCCCUCCUCAAGUGGAGAAAAAAGAGGUUGGGGCCCCAAUGGAGCCAAUUCCGAAGAAGGCCAAGCUCAGUGACAAAGAGCAUGAAAAGUGGAAAAGGCAUGUGGCCUCGCAUCAUAUUCCUUUCAGAAAGGACUGCCUUCAGUGUGUAAUGGCAGGUGCCUUAGGUGUGCAACACAGGCGUGUGAAGUGUCCGCAAAUGUUCGCCUUGGCAUUCGACAUGAUGGGGCCGUUUAAAGAGCAAGGGCGUGAUGAUCGCGGAAGCGGUUACAAAUACGCCCUGGUGGCCGGGCUCCGUGUUCCAGAGUGUGCUCUGCCUCCGCAAGAUGAGAAGCCUGGCCGAGGGUCCAAAGCGGAUCCUUUGGUCGAACCUGUGAUGACAGCUCCCCCGCCAGACAACAAAGAUAAUGCCUUGAAGGAUGAUGACGCCAGUUCGGAAGCCAGCUGGCUUCGCGCGGAUUUGGAGCCAACAGCCGGGGUUAGCAAGGUUGAUGGGGAGAGUUCAGAGUCUGAGGAGGAGCAGGGAUCAGAGCCAGGGUGGUUUGAAGUUCCGGGGGUGGAUGAGCCGCCCGAUGAAGCCGAUGAAGAUGCUGAGGUCGAUGCAGGAGGUAUAGGUUGUGAAGAUGAUGAUUCCGUGCCUCUUCCACCACUGGAAGCUGAAGUGUGGGAGGAUGACCCUGAUAUGUCUGCACUCACGGAUGAAGCCUUUGAUGAUGAGUUGUCAAAGAUGGUGUUUGCAGGUUCCAACAAGGUUCUGAGGUUUGUGGUGCCGCUUAAGUCCAGGAAGGGGCCCCAGAUCUUGGCGGGGUUGCAAGAAGUGGUCACUGAAUGCAAUCGACUGGGUUUUCCCGUCAAGGUGGCACACACAGACCGCGCAAAGGAGCUGAUGUCAAAGGCCACCAUGGAUUGGAUGCAGUCAAAGCUGAUACAGCCAUCGUUUACUCAGGGUGAUGACCCGAAGUCCAAUGGGCUGGCCGAAAGGUUGGUCGGGUGGGUCAAAGCCAGGGCACGCAUAGGUUGUUGCAAGGUGAAGGUGCACUACCAAGGACACGUGUUGAUGCGAGCGCUGUCAGGGGGAUAUCUGGUUGCAAAGAACGUGAGAUGCAUGGAGGAUCUGGUGGAUCCAGAGGAGUCGCCCGAUCCAGAUCCCACUCCAGUCCCUAGCCGCCGUGUCACCGGGAAACGAGCAGUGAGGUUGCUUGAGGUUGCGUUUGAAGGUGAGGCCAAGGCAACAAAGAGGCAACACAGGGGCCAGUGGGACUUCUCAGUAAUCUUGGGAGCGUACAGCCACGGCGGGUUGAGAGGGGUUACGCGAUCCAGCAUGGCCCAUCCCAAUGUGUGUCGUUACUUGAAUGAGUAUUUGAGGCGAAAUAGGGGAAUGAACGACGUCGUUCCAACCUGGACUGCCUUGAUGGUGGCAGUAGCAGAUGAAGUUUCUGUGCACCGGGAUGUUCGCAAUGAGCCUGGCUCGUUCAACUUUGUCACCCAGGUGACCACUCGGGCCUUAUGGCUGGAAGAGCAGGCUCAGGAGGAGCCCCAAGGUCAAGCCUCGAAGGUAUGGAGUGAUUCUCAAGGAAGGGAGUUUCAAGGGAGGUUGGUGCCCAUAGGUCACGAGGUCACAGCGUUCAACCCAAAGCAACGACACGCGCUGUUACCAGCUACCAAUUGGGUGAUUGCAGCUUAUAGUCCCUUGGGGUCUACCAAGCUUCAUGAUGAGAAGAAGGGGAUCCUGAGGUCACUCGGGUUCCGCCUGGGAUCUGAAAUCGCACCGUCUGUUUGCAAGCUCGUUGGUCCGAAUCCACAGAGGCUUCCGGCUGUACGAGCCAGACCGCCACCUCCACCACCAGGUCGCACAGGUUUGCAUGUCAGGUACGCCAGGAUGAAUGCGCAAGAGUGGGCAGAGCUGUGUGAGCUGGACGAAGAAGCCUUUGAGCAAGGGUUUGCGAGAUGGCAAAGGGUGUUAGGAGGCCAUGAUGAAGACCUUGCACUCGAUCCUUUGUCGGCCUCAAUUCCCCAUCACUUGUUGAUGGCAACGGUUUUUCAGCAGAGAAACUGGAGUAGAAACCCUGAGUUGCACCUUCCCACUGCAGAUGGGCUGCGUCUCCUUGCCUAUGUGUUUGAGUUCUCUGAUGAUGGCUACGUGGAUGAUUCACCUUUCCCAGAUAGAAUGCUGAUGUUUUCUAUAAGGGAUAUGAUCCGAGAUGUCUUGGAGAUGGUUGUCCUUCGGGUCGAGUUGAUUCAUGAGCCAGAACCUCAGGAGGAGAUGCACCAGCCUGUGUUGCAGGUCCCCGGGCCUGCGCUCCCGGAGGUGCGGGCAGUCCAGGGGUAUCAACAUGCAAAGGUUCAGGACAGGUUGGACAGGGAGGUCCCGAGGCUGCCUUUUCCUCUUCCCAAUCCUACCUUCAUCAAAGAUGUGCCGACUGGCAAGCAGGUCGGACCAUUGGAGGAAGCAUUGGUGUGCAAAACGGAGGCUACGACUACUAGGGACUUGGAAAGUGUGUUGAGUAGUCUGACCGAGCCUCUCAGUGUCACGCAUACAGCGUCGCAAGAAGAAGUGCGUAUGAACCUGGAACGGUGGCGACCUGCCAUUGAAAAGGAACUCAGCUCGCUCAAGGGUCAAGGUGUGCUGGUGAGCCAUUUUGGCACAGAUGCCCAGAGCCGAAUUGCCAAUCCGGGAACAUCGGUCAUCUCCCUAAAGGGGGUAUUUACGGCAAAGGCACCAGGAGGACCAGAGGACGGUUUGUACAAGCGCAAGUGCAGGCUGGUGGGAUGUGGCAACCAGGCCACCCAUGUGGAUGCCGAUUCACUCUAUGCCGCUGGAGCACCGGCGGAAGUUGUACGCACAGCACUGGUGCAGGCUACAAGGCAUCGGUGGUCAGCAUUCACCACAGACAUCAAGUCAGCAUUUACACAAACGCCGAUUCCAAAGAACGCGGCUCAGAGGUACUUGCUACGUCCGCCACGGUGGCUUGUGGACCUAGGACUGGCACGCGCCGAUGAGUACUACUCACUUGGAAUGGUUCUCUACGGCUUCAAGGAAGCCCCCGCAUGGUGGUCAGACCACAGAGACUCGAAGUUGUUCACGGCGAAGUUUCUGGGUUGCCACCUGGAGCAAGGGAAGUCCGACUCAUCCAUCUGGAAGAUCAUGAAGGGUGAAACCCUUCAAGGCUACUUGGUGACGUAUGUCGACGAUUUCUUGAUUUUGAGUGACAAAGCAACGGCGCACGCAUUGCACCAGUGGUUGAUUGAUGGUGCAGGAUGGGACACUGAUGGGCUCAGUGAGGCGACUUCUGAAAGCCCGGUGAGGUUCCUUGGAAUGCAGUUGCGCAGCUACCCCGACGGCCAUUUCAGCUUGGACCAGGAGGCCUAUGUUGAGGAGUUGGUGCGGGCGUAUAAUCUGGGCGAGGGGGACAAGUCAAAGAUUGUGUGUCCCAGGGAGCUGCUGAUGUGCGAGACAGAGACCGUGGAGCCGUUUGAUGAAGCCACUACACGUGCGGCACAGAAGGUUGCCGGGGAAUGUUUGUGGCUUGCUCAGCGAAGUCGCAUUGACAUUUGCUUCGCGACGACUGCCCUUUGUUCCAGAGUGUCUAAGGAUCCUCACGGUGCCUUGGCGGUGGGACGACGAAUCCUGGCCUACUUGCAUCACACGAAGGACUAUCGGCUGCACUUGCGGCCGGAUGAGAAGGUGGCGCCAGUCCGGGUGUUCACAGAUGCGUCCUUCUCGCCUCAAGGACGGCACUCGUUCGGAGGACAUGUUAUUGAAGUGUUCGGUGCUCCAGUGCUAUGGAAAGCAUCCCGCCAGGCACUAAUCGCGCUCAGCUCAUCAGAAUGUGAGUUGAUUCAAGCUGUGGAGGGUUGCAUGUACACCGAAUCCUUGAUGACGGUUCUGUCUGAUUUGGGUGUGGACUGCAACGCGGCGGAGCUCAUGUUGGACAACACCGCAUCCAUAUCUUUCAUUUCAGGCUCGGGUAAUCAAAGGACUCGCCAUCUCAAAGUCCGGGCGUCGAAAGUUAAACAGUUGAUUCAAGCUGGAUGGGCUGUUAAGCAUUGUCCCGGCGAAUGGCAGAAGGCCGACUUGCUUACAAAGGUGUUGCCAUCUUCGAGAAUGCGUUUCCUGUGUGAUCUGUUGCACCUUGGCAAUGGGAGACAGCAACCUGAGGAGGAGGAAAUCCUUCCGAAUGUGAGGGCUGUGGCACCUAGUUCGUCAGCAUGUUUGACCGGGCUGUUGACAAUGCUUCAAACCUGCAUAAGCGCAGGAGCUUCGCUUGACGAGGAGAGUGUAGAUCAAGGAGUGGCCAUUGAGUGGCCUUGGGAGCUUGCUGCACUUACUUUGUUGGUUGUGUUGUCAACGCUGUUUGUGUGGGAAGCCAGCGGUGCCCCGUGCAGCAGAAGAAGCCGAGAGGUUCCAAAGAUCCGGGCAGUGACUACCCAGAAGCAUGAACGGAAGAGCAAAAAACUCCAGGAGAGAGUAGCGGCAGCCAUCGACAGCGCCCUUAGUGAAAGCCCUACAGGGGACGAAGGCCUACAGAGGCGUCGUAAAGGGAGGAACAAGUGCCUACAGGAAUACGAUGUCGAUCAUGAGCCCCGAGUGGAGCGUGCACCUACUGUGGUCUACGGUGACAUCAAUGUGGGUGUCAAGCAUGCAGGUGCACCAGGUGAGGAUCAGAAGUUCGCAAUGUCCAGGUCCCGCAAGGAGCUUGCAGCAUGUCAGCGGGACAACCUCCCAGGCCCGGAUACUGCGCCAAGAACCAAGGGCGCCGGCUGGAGGCACGUCGUGGCCUUCGACUUCGAAAACGACCGCCUCGGCUUCGCCAUGGAGAAGGCCUCCGCAGAAGAGCUGGUAGCCCGUGAGCAGGAACUCCGAGAAGAAGCGGGGCAGCAGGGAUCCAUCCAGGCUCUCGAACAGGGCGGAGAACCCAGCCUGGAUGGCCAGUCGCUUCAACAGUUCAACCAGGAUGGGGCGGACGCGACGAAUGACAGAGACUGGGCCCGUGCAGAGGCAGCCGCCCAGGCGGCCAUGGAUCAGAGGUCCGCUGCGCCACCGAACCAGGUGAUGUAUCAUGAGGACCUCUCCGGUGGCUCCAACAACGGCAUGAAGACUGUGCUGGUAGCCACCGCGCUGGUCAUGGGUGUUGGUGCGUUCUGCGGACUCUUCUCCAGUUCGCGAGGAGGCUUGCUGGAAGAGACGAGGAGCCCUGCAUUCCUCCAGCAUGACCCGGCGGCAGGAGAUGCCGGCGAGCCUCGACUCGAAGCGGCGGAAUGA